CGCGCCGGGGGCCUCGGAGGACCCUAGCGACAGCUGUGGCGUAGAGCCGGGUGGACGCAGCGGUGGCGGUCGUAGGGAUUGACUGCGCCGGUAUCCUGCGGAACGCGAUUCUUUGGUAGCCCUUGCCACACUGGCUGACUGCUUUCUACCUGGCGCCAUGUCUGUGAGCGAAAUCUUCGUAGAACUGCAGGGCUUUUUGGCUGCCGAGCAGGACAUCCGAGAGGAAAUCCGAAAAGUUGUACAGAGUUUAGAACAAACAGCUCGAGAGAUUUUAACUCUACUGCAAGGGGUCCAUCAGGGUGCUGGGUUUCAGGACAUUCCAAAGAGGUGUUUGAAAGCUCGAGAACAUUUUGGCACAGUAAAAACACAUUUAACAUCAUUGAAGACCAAGUUCCCUGCUGAACAGUAUUACAGGUUUCAUGAGCACUGGAGGUUUGUGUUGCAGCGCUUGGUCUUCUUGGCAGCAUUUGUUGUAUAUUUGGAAACAGAAACACUAGUGACCCGAGAAGCAGUUACAGAAAUUCUUGGCAUUGAACCAGAUCGGGAGAAAGGUUUUCAUCUGGAUGUAGAAGAUUAUCUCUCAGGAGUUUUAAUUCUUGCUAGCGAACUGUCAAGACUGUCUGUCAACAGUGUGACUGCGGGGGACUACUCCCGGCCUCUCCACAUCUCUACCUUCAUCAAUGAGCUGGAUUCCGGUUUCCGCCUUCUCAACCUCAAAAACGACUCUCUGAGGAAGCGUUAUGACGGCUUGAAGUAUGAUGUGAAGAAAGUAGAGGAGGUGGUUUAUGAUCUCUCCAUCCGGGGCUUCAAUAAGGAAACAGCAGCAGCUUGUGUUGAAAAAUAGGAGGCUCCCCCUGCUCCUGGCCUUGCUGACCCAGCAGUUGCCAGGGAUGGGUGAGCACAGAGUGCCUCUUUCUGUAGUUAGGAUGCCCAGUUGCUAAGCACUGCGCUUUAUUUUCUUAACCAGUUGUGUGCUAUGAGUACCAGAAUUGAAACACUUUUUUGGGAGUUAAAAUUAGCCUUUACAUGGACAGAAUUUCCAUUGUUGUUUUGGUGAAUUUGCUCUGUAAUUUGUUGUAUUUCAGUUCUGUCAAAAAGUGUAAAUGUUGGUCUCUUGGUAAAGUCCUUUUUUUCUUGCUUA